UUUUCUCCUCAUUUCUAAGUUUGCCGUUUAGUUGACGAACGACUGACAAGUGAAUAUGUCUGGACGCGGUAAAGGAGGUAAAGGUCUCGGAAAGGGAGGCGCUAAACGUCAUCGUAAAGUUCUCCGCGAUAACAUCCAAGGUAUCACCAAACCCGCCAUUCGUCGUUUGGCUCGUCGUGGUGGUGUAAAACGUAUCUCUGGUUUGAUCUACGAAGAAACUAGAGGUGUAUUGAAGGUGUUCUUGGAGAACGUCAUCCGUGAUGCCGUAACCUACACCGAACAUGCUAAAAGGAAGACCGUUACAGCUAUGGACGUUGUCUAUGCUCUGAAACGUCAAGGAAGAACAUUAUACGGUUUCGGUGGUUAAGUUGCAAUAAUAACUAUAAAAAACGGCCCUUUUCAGGGCCAAGACAUUCUGAUAAAGGGUGGCCAAAUGUGUUCUUUCAGACAAUCUUUAAACAUUACAAAAGUAAACUUUAUAAAAAUUGUUUUAAUAAAUUAAAAAUUAAGGUAUUGCUGAAUUCAAUUAUGUAAUUAUAAAGAACUGUUAAACUUUUGAAGUAAUUAUGUAUCCAUACACUAUUUUAAUAUAAAAUAAAAUUGAAUAAAACAUUAAUGGUUUUGUAAAGUAGAAAUAGGCAAACCAAAUAAACGAAUUUCAGUUCGUGAAAGCCAUUACACGUUCAAUUGAGUUAAAAUUCAUUGACCUCGCAUUAUCGAUUUUCUUCCCGCUUACAACAGAAUUUUCAAUCGAAUAACGUACAGUACUACAGAAACUGGCAAAAUGACCUUAUGUAACUUUAAAUGCUGAAAAGUAAUUUCUAUCGUCUGCUCUUGAU